GUGGGUAUGUUAGCCUAAGCAGCGGGAGGGAUCCUGUCGAAACAAGGCAUUGUGUGUGAGGGUCCUGUCUUCUGAUACUACCUGGACCUCCACAGAGACUGGGCCUGCUGUGGAAUUCCCACCCCUCAGAAAGAACGACCGCUGGGACAGAGAACAGACAGCAACAUCCACAUACAGGAGAAAUAAUAGCUUGGAAGUUCAUAGAGGCGGACUGGAAGAGAAGGGACAGUCCUGAAUGUGUAGUACAGUAGAAGCACCAGCUAUGUCAGAGAGUAACAGGGUGAUAGCUGCUUUUCUGUAAUGUCCAUCUACAUCCACCUGGGCAAGAUUGAAUCAGUGUUAUCAACCCAGUGCCACAUCUCAAUUGUUGCUCUGUAAACAUGAGCGUGGUAUCUCUAACCAAAGGAAAGUCGGCCAGUAACCCCAUACACUGGUAACGGCAUCAUGGAAUGUGAUUGGUUGUUUCAAACGCUAAAGAAUUUCAGAGCCAGCAUUCACUAAAACAGUGAUUUGCAUCAUUUGGAGAGAACAAAUCUGAAGUAUUUUUAUUUAUUUUUUUACCUGGGAAAUUAACAGUUUACAACUUUUAGAUUUUUGCUCCAAGAGAUUGGUCUGAUUACCUCUGGAAUCAUGGGGGCCACUGGUUAUGGAUACUAUCGUAUGGUUAUCUUCUUCUCCAUGUUUACUGGCUACUCCCUGUACUACUUCAACAGGAAGACCUUCUCUUUUGUCAUGCCCUCUGUGAUGGAGGAGAUUAAACUGGACAAGGAUGACUUGGGCCUGAUCACCAGUAGUCAGACCAUGGCCUAUGCCAUCAGUAAGUUCAUCAGUGGUGUAUUGUCCGACCAGAUCAGCGCUCGCUGGCUCUUCUCCAUUGGCCUCUUGGUGGUGGGGGGCAUCAACGUGAUCUUCUCAUGGUCCUCCACUGUGACUGUGUUUUCUGCUCUGUGGUUUGUCAACGGUCUGGGCCAGGGCUUAGGCUGGCCACCAUGUGGGAAGGUGCUGCGCAAGUGGUUUGAGCCGUCUCAGUUUGGUACAUGGUGGGCAGUGCUGUCCUGCAGCAUGAACCUGGCCGGUGGAUUGGGUCCUCUCCUGGCUAUGGUAUUGCUUCAGUACUACGACUGGAGGACUAUCCUGUCCAUGUCAGGCAUCAUCUGUGCAUCCUUUUCUGUCAUCUGCCUGGUGUUCAUAAAGAACGAACCCAAAGACGUGGGCCUGCCCAGCAUUGAGGCCUCAGCCAAGAAAGGAGUAGCCAACUGUGACAGUACUCUGAGUGAGUUCCUGCUGUCUCCAUACCUGUGGGUGCUGUCCCUAGGCUACCUGGUAGUGUUCGGGGUGAAGACGGCAUGCACUGACUGGGGCCAGCUCUAUCUCAUUCAGGAUAAGGGCCAGACUGUCCUCAUAGGCAGUUCCUACAUGAGUGCCUUGGAGGUUGGAGGUCUGGUGGGCAGCCUCGCAGCUGGCUUCCUGUCUGACAGGGCUGUUGCUAGGCAAGGUUUGGGUACCCAUGGUAACCCUCGCCAUGUCCUGCUCCUCUCCAUGAUGGCUGGCAUGUAUUUGUCCCUAUACCUGUUCCGUGUCACUAUCACAGCUGAGGCCCUAAAGGAAGCUCCCGUCUGGGUAGUGGCCCUUCAUCCUCUCUCUGUCCUUAUCGGCCUGUCAGAGAAAGAGAUCUGGAUACUUUCCCUGGGUGCUAUGUUCGGAUUCUCCUCUUAUGGACCAAUCGCAUUGUUCGGUGUGAUAGCCAAUGAAAGUGCUCCAUCAAACUAUUGUGGGUCCUCCCAUGCCAUUGUAGCUCUCAUGGCCAAUGUUGGGGCUUUCUUCGCGGGACUCCCCUUCAGCACCAUCGCUAAAUACUACAGCUGGGACAUGGCCUUCUGGGUAGCUGAAGUGACCAUUGCCGUGACGACAGUCAUCUUCUUUCUGUUCCGUAACAUUCGCACCAAAAUGGGCCACAUCCCCCAGAAAAUUGAUUGAUUGAUCUCUGCAUCUCCUGAGCUAUGCACAGGUUCCUGCUGUGUGACUGGGUGAAUAUUAUACAGCAAGGGUUGUUGGACUGGCUGCACAUUACAUAGCCCCUAAAGUACACCUCCUAUCCCUGGAAACACAACACUGUGUCAAAGUGAUCUCAAUUCGAGAUGUUUUCGAUGUUAGCAACCAUGUUUUCUAAAAGGAUACUUUGCUACACUUUAGUUUGCCAUUUAAUGCACCGUCAGAAUCAAACUCCUCACAAGCCGUACAGUUCUAAGCACCUAUGGAAUCUACACCUACGGCAUCCACUCACAGUAAUGACUUCAAAAAGUAUAGUAUAUCACGUAGGCCUAAGUCUUACAUUUCGAAUAAUCUAUUCUCUUACCACUGUUAUUUAGUUGGUAUAAUAACUCGUAUAUUAUUUGAAGCAUGUUGUUGAUACACAGUGAAUCUGCUGUCCAUUGCAUAGAUUGCCUUCAGUGGAUGCCAAAUGUCUUGAAGUUACCGAAUGCUUCAUUGAUGAGCCAGCAUUAAAACUAUGUAUGAAUAGAAAUUUGCACAAAACGGUAAUGUUUGACGAUCACAGUAGUAUUUCCCUUUCACUAAUUCUUCAUUUAUAAAAUAAUGUUCAGUCAGGAAAAUAGAUACAUUACGACAAACACGGCAUCUAUUUUUGUUAACACACUGGCUUUACUAAAUGGACUUUUAAAGUUUAGAGAUCUUAGCUAGUUGUCUAUGAAAAUAUUUAAAUGCAUCAACCUAAAAGGGAUAGUUUGGGAUUUUGGCAAUGAGGCCCUUUAUCUACUUCCCCAGAGUCAGAUGAACAUUUUAAUGUAUCUACGUGCAGUUUGAAGGAAAUUGCUAACUUAAGGUGAUGUAGCUGCGUGAAAAAAAUUAUAAUCUAUGGGGGUGAAAUAUAUUUAGGCUAACUAUAAUUGUUUUCGCUAUUGUUUCAAAUACUGUUAUUAUUACACAGAAAUUGAUUUCCCCUAUACAUUUUUCUACAUAUAGUAAUUUCAGAAUCACCCUGUUUGUCACAGGAUACUAUUUUGUCACUACAGGUUUUGUUAUUAGACAAUGUGGUCACAGAGGCUGGGUUUACACAGGCAUACCAAUUCUGAUUUUUUCCCCGCAAUUAUUGGUAGAAGAUCUGAUUUGUGAAAAAAUAUCAGAAUUAGAUUUCUGAGCCUGGUCCCAUACUGUAUGAGCUGUGGCCAACUCUUCUACGUUUGCAUUUACACAGGCAGCUCAAUUCUGAUAUUUAUUUGUUCACUAAUUGGUCUCUGAAAUAGAUCAGAUAUUUUUUUAUAGCUGAUCUGAUUGGUCAAAAGACCAAUUAGUUGGGGGGAAAAAUAUCAAAAAUGGUCUGCCUGUGUAAAUGCAACCAAAGAGGCUAAUCAGACUGGAACACCAGGCUCGCAUUAUCCUGAUAUUCUCACAAAAGUAUGUAAUGCUGCGUUUAUACACAGGUAGCCUAAUUCAGAUUUUUUUUGCCCAAUUAUUGGCAAAAUAGCUGAUCUGAUUGGUCAAAAUACCAAUUAGUGAAAUAAAAAAUCAGAAUUGGACUGUCUGUGUAAACACAUCCACUGGUUGCCUGGUUCCCCUGCUCAGACGUUGCAUGCAUCAAGCAAUGGUUUUGUGCCACGUCAUCGACUGUCAUUGACUGACAGAUUGCUGUAACAUAUGAUGUGGUUAGCUGAUACUUAAAAUACCUAUUCAGGCUCUGUAAGAUCUGGCAUGCAUCAGCAAUGCCUGGGCUGAGCAAUGCGCCCAAUGGUUGCGUUUACACAGGCAGCCUUAUUCUGAUCUUUUGCCAAUAAUUGGUCUUUCGGCCAAUCAGCUCAGAUCUUUAUCCAGUAAUUAUAGUAAUACUGUGAAAUUGUGAAAAUUAUGAUAAUGCCAUUUUUUUGUGUAAGAGCUGUUUGAAAAGACAGCCUGAAAUUUCAGCCUGUUUUGGUGGAAUGGAGUUUUGGUAAAUUAGUUAAUAGACCAAUAAGGAAGCGUUACAGACAUCUUGGCUAAUAACCACAAAAUUUUCCCCUCCCCACUCAGACCACUCCCAGACAGUCUUAGCUAAAUUCUUACUUGAGAAAUUGCUCUUUGCUUAGAAGCUAUUUUUGUUUAUUUGUUUAUCAUUUUAAUUUAAAACAAUCACAGAAAGGUACUUAAUUGAUACCCAGAAAUUAUUUGAUAUUGGGAUAAAAAUGGCUGCAUUGGAACUUUUCACAAGCAGUUUUUAACUGAAAAAUAUUUAUCUCACUAUUCUUUGCCAUUCAGGCAUAUUUGUCUAACUGGAAUUAUUGAAAUGUUAAGGAAAAUUAAUAAAGAGCAAUGAAUGUA